ACCAUCUUCCAUUCUUUUUUCAACAAGGCUCUAGGUUGACCGCCACCAAUUUUCGACUUUCAAGUAGGUUUUCGAGCAGGCUGACCAAGAGGCUAUCUUAUUCUUGACAUCAAGAAUUAGAAUCGAAUUUUUAUUAAUCUCCUAAAAGGGUGGUAUGGAAGUUCUCGGUGCCGUUGCGGCCGCAGGGCAGCUCGUUGGAACAGCUGUCAAAAUCCUCGAGUUGAUUGCAGAGCUUCGAGAGUUCCUAAAGAAUGCCCAUGGUAAAUGCCAAGGAUGGCUCACCCAGCUCACGGCCCUCGACAAUGCAAUUACGGAUAUCCGCCUGAACCCGACGUUGCACACGAGCAACAUAUUGCAUAUCAUAGAGGCAAUGUACCCGAAGGUUCGAGAUCUAGGCACUCUUCUACCACGUUACAGCCCUGUCAGUAGUCCAGGACUUAAGAUACGGUUUACUACAAGAAUGAGGGGUGCGCUGUCAGCCAGAACAGUAGAAGCCCGAAUCAUUCAACUUUUCCAAUCUCUGGAACACGAUAAAACCACACUUAUCCUAACGAUUACCACCCUUAACAGAUCGAUUGCGAGAGGCUCCUACGCCAAGAUGGAACAAGGUAAACCCGUAAAGGAAGAUACGCAUACUACGACCCAAGAGAUAUCUAGUCCGAACGGACCAUCCCAUGAUAUCCAAAUGAAUCAAGGACGGUCUGGCCAAGAGCAAAACAAUCACCCUGCUGAGGCAGAUCAAACUGUGCAAUCCCCUAGCAUUACUUCUCCUAAGCGUGGCACUCAUAUCGAGAAUCUCGACAUCAAUGGAAACGGUUGGAUUCUCGCCAAUUCCACAGAACGUGACAUGAUGAUGAAGGAUGUCAAGGGCAAUGGCCAUGGCACCUUCGCUGGGGCUCACGAUCCUCAAGUGAUGAUAUCAUUAUUCAACUCCGGAUUGAUGAAUAAUUACGCGACCCGGGACAGCCCGACCGGCCCGAACGGUCAGAACGGUCAGAGCGGCACAAACAAUACGAACUCGAUUCCCCUGGCGACGCCCACGUCGAUGCCCAUAGCGAUGGCCCCGGCAACACCCCCGGUAACUCCCCCGGUAACGCCCCCCUAUUGAAACAACCCGGCCUCUGGAGAAUGUCAAUGGCAACGAACGUUUUGAUCUAGAUUUUAGGCAAGGCCCGAUCACGCAUAUAGACCAAAACAAGACGAGAGCUGAACCAAACUCAAAGGUUUGGAGGGAUGCAAGAGACAAAUAGGCCUUUUCCGCAUAUGGAGAGAUAUCUUGCGCGAAUGAUAUGGCGAACUAGAUAUGAUAUGAUGGAUCCGACAUGGUAUGGGGAAUCGAAUAUGAUAAAAUAAGAGACCUAGAAACAUGAUUGUAUUAAUGCUACCUACUCAGAGUUCGAUUUAAUAUGAAUAAGUGAAUAAAUAAGUUAUAUUUAAA